AUGAGAAUUUCUGAUCUUUUUAUCGACAUCUUCAAUCCAUUACCUCGAUAUCCAGCCGAGCAGAGAGCCGUGAAAGUGCCUCAUGCUCCGAAGAGACCUUGUCCGCUUAAUCGCGACGAAAAAGUUCUUGCUGUGCGCAAUGCGUUGCGCUAUGUUCCCAAAGAACAUCAUGGAAUUCUGUCGAAAGAAUUUGCUGAGGAGCUGGAGCUGUACGGACACAUUUAUGCUUUCCGAUUCAUGCCAAACUUCCAUUUAAAGGCUCCUCCACUGUCGGAAAUCUCUGCCAAGUCGCAACAAGCAGCUGCGAUCAUCCUGAUGAUUCUAAACAAUCUUGAUCCUGAAGUGGCUCAGUACCCACAAGAACUUGUCACCUACGGCGGAAAUGGCCAGGUUUUCAGUAACUGGAUACAGGCGAAUCGAUUGCAGUUACGUCUGGUGCUUCUCUACUUGUUUCGAAUGUCAUCGCAACAAACUCUUGUCAUCUACUCUGGACAUCCUUUGGGACUAUUCCCUAGUCAUGCAGAAGCGCCAAGAGUAACUCUAACUAACGGAAUGAUGGUUCCAAAUUUUUCCUCAAAGUCACUAUACGACAAAUUUUUCGCCAUCGGUGUCACACAAUAUGGUCAAAUGACAGCCGGCAGCUAUUGCUAUAUUGGCCCUCAAGGAAUUGUUCACGGCACAACGGCGAGGAUUUUUUUACCAUUUAAAAUACAGAUCACAAUAAUGAACGCUGGCCGACGCUACCUCGGUCUCGAAGACCUAGCCGGUAAAGUGUUCGUGACGGCUGGACUAGGUGGAAUGAGCGGAGCUCAACCGAAAGCUGCCAGUAUCGCUGGCUGCGUUUCUGUAAUCGCCGAGGUGUGCUCUGACGCCCUUAUGAAGCGAUACAGGCAGGGUUGGCUCGAUGAGUAUUCAGACGACCUUAACAAAAUCGUCGAGCUGAUCAGAGUGUUCAGAAAGCAGAAAAAGACAAUCAGCAUAGGUUAUCUCGGAAAUGUGGUGAAGUUGUGUCUUCUUCGUCAAAUUGCGGCUAUUGACAAGCUGUGUGCUCGUGGAAUGCAUUUCUGGGAUUACGGCAAUGCAUUUCUGCUCGAGUGUCAACGAGCCGGAGCCAAUAUACUCCAUCCAAAGGCCAAGGACGAUAAAACGUUCAGAUAUCCGUCCUACAUGCAAGAUAUCAUGGGCGACAUUUUCUCUAUGGGUUUCGGGCCAUUCCGCUGGGUGUGCACCUCUCAGAAACCAGAAGACCUUGCACGGACUGAUAUGAUCUCGUGUGAAGUGAUCGAAAGUCUUAUGAAAGAUGACGGUGAGGUUUAA